GUUACUUUCUUCCAAUGUACAGCGCUUCGAAAUGUGCCGUUCUGGGAUUCAGUCAAUCUCUGGCAAGUAUGUACGACAAGACUGGAGUGCGAGUUAUUAUCAUGUGUCCGGGCCUUACAGCAACACCAUUAGUCACAAACAUCAACAGUAGGAUUCAUGACUCCAUUCGCCCUAUAGUAACUAACGAGAUCGCUUAUAUGGAGAACAUGCCGAAACAGACAUGUGAUAACGUGGCACUUGGAGUGUUAAAUCUGAUUCAGAAAGGUAAAAACGGAGCGGCUUGGAUCAGCGAUGAUAACCAACCGCCAUGCGACGUGAGUUUUCCCCAUUAUUCCAAGCGAUGUACGCCUGUAUAA